UCUGAUCGCGUUUGCAUGGCGAGGAGGUAACCUGAUCGAGCUGGGAGGAGUGACUCUACCAGGGAAGGCUUGAGCAAAAAGAGGGGAAAAAAUGUCUUCUUCUUCUGCCGGAGAGGUCACAACAGCAAAUGACAUCAAGAGGGAAAAUGUGAAGGAGGUGGAUACGCGGGAGUGCAUCAAGCUUGUGCAGCUGGACGCGGCGGAGUUGUCCAUGGAGCGCGCGACUCCCGGCGCGGACGCGGUGCGCACGGAGCUGCUGGUGAGCGCCGCUUCCUCCCUGGCUUUCUCCCCGGAGCAAGUGGCGUGCGUCUGCGAGGCGCUGCAGCAGGGAGGCAACGUGGACCGGCUGGCGAGGUUCUUGUGGUCCCUGCCCCAGAGCGACCUGCUCCGUGGCAACGAAAGCAUCCUGAAGGCGCAAGCCCUCGUCGCUUUCCACCAGGCUCGGUACCAUGAGCUGUACAGUAUUUUGGAGAACCACAACUUCAACCCCACUAACCACACCUUCCUGCAAGAUCUGUGGUACAAGGCUCGGUACACCGAGGCGGAGAAGGCGCGGGGGAGACCCCUGGGCGCCGUGGAUAAGUAUCGGAUCCGGAGAAAGUACCCUCUUCCUAGGACUAUCUGGGACGGCGAGGAGACUGUUUAUUGUUUCAAGGAGAGGUCGCGGAACGCGUUGAAGGAUCUCUAUAAUCAGAAUAGGUACCCGUCUCCAGCCGAGAAGCGAAAUCUCGCCAAGAUAACAGGACUCUCCUUGACCCAGGUCAGCAACUGGUUCAAAAACAGAAGGCAGAGAGACAGAAACCCGUCGGAAGCACAAUCUAAAAGUGAAUCUGAUGGCAAUCACAGCACAGAGGAUGAGUCCAGUAAAGGCCAGGAGGAGCUGUCCCCUCGUCCUCUCUCCAAUUCUUCAGAUGGAGUGAUAACACACGGGAGCCUCCCUAUUCACACCGGACCCCUGGACGGAGGGGUCGUCAUCCAGCAGAUUGGGGACAUCAAGAUGUCCACUGGCUCCAGCAGCGGCAGCCUCUACAAUGGAAGCCUCGUUAACACUAACACUUCCUCCUCCACUGUGUUCCACAACGGUGGCUCAUCCUACCUCCACUCACCUGGAAACAUCCUCUUCAACGGCCUCAAUUUGGGCAUCCAGCCGUUGGCGUUCAACCCGCUGAGGCCGCCCGGCAGGGUGCUGCUGGGGGGCUCCGGUGGAGACGUGCAGCUGCAGAGCGGACAGGAGAAAGGACUGGGCAGCGCCGAGGAGUCCAUCCUGCAGUACUCCUCAUACGCCGGCUGUGURAACGGAGCGGAGGUGAAGCUGGAGGGGGUUCACUCCAUGUCCGCCCAGAACGGAGGCGCCUCCGUUCUCACGUUCAGCUCACCCUCAGGUGCUCUGCAGGUGGGCGGCUACAGUCUGGUCCAGGUGCCCGGUGGGGUCUCCGACAACGAUGGCAACUCAUUACUCAGCAGUGAUGCAGGCCUUCCUCCACUGCAGCUCUCCUCUGCCUCGUCUUCCUCAUCAAUCACGCAAGGUAACAUGUCUCUGAAUAAUGUGGCGGUGAGCUCCUCCAGUGACGACUCAUUCCAGCAACAAGACAAGCUGACCAUGACGUCUCUGCACCACAGCACAGUCCUGUACAGCAUGAACAGUGCCGCUCAGACUCCCAUCAAGAAGGAGCCUCUGGAGGGCGGGGUCUAYGCUUCGUACCACCACGGGCUCCACAUGGAUCCCAGCGGUCAGAUCAGCUACUCCAACCCAAACUCUGAGGAGAUCUCCUCCAGCCACCACGCCACCUCCACCAGCGAGGUCGCGGCCGUCAGCUCGGCCAGCCCCGAUUCCGAGGUCUACACCACGCUGACCAACAGCAACCCCUUGAUGGCACCAACAGACCCAAACGCCAACCACCUACAACCCACUGAGUACCUCGUGACGCACGAGGUGCCACGGGGUGCCCCGUCCUCCCACCUGAUGGGGCCCAGCUUGAACAGCGACUACAUGAACCUUUCAGAAACCAAGGCGGACGGCUCGGGGGCGGGGGGCAUGAACGAGAUCGUGCAGGCAAUGUGCGGAGAAAUGGAUGCGGCGGAGGGGAAGGAGCUGGCCAAACUACAGACAGUACAGAUGGACGAGGACAUGUCUGACCUUUAGCCUCACACCUCGCCCSCUCACAGAUGCACUCACCUGAGCAGUGACACCACGAAUCUUUUUACUCUUUUGGCGUGUGUGUGCGUGUGUGUGUGCGCGUGUGAGUGUGUGUUCUUUUAGCUAAUAAUUUCCUUUAAAUUAUUUGCUUAUAUUUGACUUUCAAGAUGCACUCUUGUCAGAGGAGCUCUGUGGGCGGRCUCAAUGAGUUUGUCAUGAAAAUUACAAAAACCUGUGUUUUUUUUUAACAAGACAAAACAUUUCAACUGUUACAAGCUAACACAAGUAGUUUCUUUAUGCGUUUGAGCCUCGUUUAAAUGUGCAUUUUUUUUAUGGCCAACACCUGCUACUUCCUGUUGAGAGGAUUUGAUCUGCAGAAGCAGGUGCUGGRAUGCCUCGAGUCACGUGACUGGGAUGUUCCUCCAAAACUAAAUGCGUCAUCCGGGUCAAACCAAAAAGGUCAUCUUGAAGGGGGUGGUGGGUGUGGGGGGAGAGGAGCCACUAUGAAAGUUGUCACUUAAACAGCUUUACUGAAGGAUUGCAGAGAAAUGGUAACUAAAAAAAAGUUGCUGAUUUAGAUAAUAAAUAAAUAAAUAAAGAGAAGUGUCCUUCAGUAAGCACUUUAAUCCCUCAAUACUCUUUAAGUCACUGCUAAAAUGCUGCUUUUUGUGCUUUUUAAUCUCAUAAAACAAAUUAGGAGCCUUAAAUGUGGAGGAGAGGAAAGUGAAAAAGAAUGUGCCUUUCUGAUACAAAAAAAAAAACACUCAUUGGUCUGUUUUGACAUUUGCACUACCAUGAUGACAUUACAACAUUUCAGGCAACCUCUAUGUUGAAAAGGUUUGUCAAGUGUGACACACCCCAAACRAUGCACACAGUGGCGGCAACGGCUCCUUUUUUAGGUCUCAUCAUGGAGCCACAAGACCGAGACAUAAAUGAAUUUUUCACUUUAUGUCAUUUAUAAUGUUGCAGCUGACAUUAGGUUUCAUUUUGAGCUCCAAAUAUUUUUCUAUAAAAUCAAAUAAAAAAAAGCACACUGAGUUUGGUUUUAGACGUCCAUAAAAGAACACAUAUUUAAUGCARAGAGGAUUAAUUUCUCUUUACAUCCCACUAUUUUGGACACGAGUGCCUUUUUUUUACAUUUAACGUGUGGUCAGCAGAAAAAAUGUCUCCACCAAAGAUGUCGCUCCUGCAACAUUUGUUUGGUGUCACACAAAAACMGGCUGAAGCCCAUUUGUCAAACAGGUCUUUUCACAACAAGAGCCCAAGUUUCUUUAAGUCAUACGUGACCAUUAUAGCACAUUUACACUUUCAUCAGUGAAUCAUAUGUUUUCAUCCUGAUGGAUUUUUGUUGACAGGAUAUUUCAGUGACGGUUUCCUCAGUGCUUUAAUGUCACAAACCAAAACACUCUGAGCAAAAAGUUAGUUUUUUUUUUAGUUUGAAUUGUAUGUUUGUUAUCUGAAAUUACGUGAAUGUAUUUUUCUAAAUCUACAUACUGCAAUAAAAGUUUAUAUUUAUAAAAUUGUAAAA